UUUGCCUGACGUAAUACAUGACGUCAUGACGUCAAACCGGAAUGAGGAACAGAUCUUUCCUCUGAAAACAGUUAACUGAUGCGUAGCAGCAUCCUUAAUGAGUAGCAAUAACAAACACUCCAGCUGCCAUUACAAUAGCGCUGCUGGUGAAUCUACAGCCGUCCUGUGAUUCGUGUCUCCUGCGGCAAAAUGUCGUCUGGUCCGGAGAGAUCCUGGACCUUUGGUGUUGCUGCACUGAUGACCUUGUUCCUGCUGGAUGCUGUGGGUUUUGUGCAGGCGAAGAACUUUGAGGAUGUUCGCUGCAAGUGCAUCUGUCCGCCGUACAGAAACAUCACCGGACACAUAUACAACAGAAAUGUGUCCCAGAAGGAUUGUAACUGCCUCCAUGUAGUGGAGCCCAUGCCGGUGCCGGGCCAUGACGUGGAAGCUUACUGCCUGUUGUGUGAGUGCAAGUAUGAGGAAAGAAGUAGCAACACCAUCAAGGUAACCAUCAUCAUUUACCUGUCUGUGGUGGGCGCGCUGCUGCUCUACAUGCUGUUCCUGCUGCUGGUUGAUCCUCUUAUCCGCAAACAUGACGCCUACACCCAGCCUCUGCACAACGAGGAGGACUCUGAGGAGAUGCGUCCGCCGGUGGACAGCGCCCAGGCCAAAGGAAACACCGUGCUGGAGCGAGUCGAGGGAGCACAGCAGCGCUGGAAAAAGCAGGUCCAGGAGCAGCGCAAGACAGUUUUUGACCGCCACAAGAUGCUUAGUUAAACCUCGAGCUGACCUCAGAGCAGGUGUAGAAUAUGUAACUCCCCUGGGCUCAGCGCUAUUACAGUCACCAGCCGCACUAUUACUACCCUCCCUGUCAUUUCUGUGCACUGCACCAUCUAAACUUCCUUGCGAAGAAAAAUGUAAACACACUGAUCUAACAAACUGAUGUGUUUUUUUUUUUAUUUAUUAUAUGUGACAUUUUAGGUAAAGUUGCAGUUGUGGAAAAAACUGCAUGUUUGUGCACUGUUAAUAGCUAGAAAUCAUCUCAAUCAUUUCAGCAAUUUGCAAUGCAACAGAUUUUGAAUGUCUUGAUAAAGUAAAAACCUUUUUUUCUGUAUUACGUUGGACUGUGAAAAGCUUUUAAGCCUCCUCAUGAUAAUUUCUGUUGUUAGCUUCUUUUCUGCUGGUUUAGUGUAAUAUUGAGCUGUUUUUAUUGUAGCAUAAUUUAUUAAUUUACCUCAGAGCAGGUCAGCUUUAUGUAUGUGAAUGGUCAGUUUAGCUAGACUUUUGCUAUUGUUAAGCAUUGCACAUUUUUUUUAGAUUACCACUAAUAACUUAUUUAUGGUAAUUAUUUUUAUUAACAUUUAUUUUGUCCCAUGUUGCUGUGCAGAGGAACCUGGAUGUAUUUGGUAUGAUUUGCACUAAAAGCUAAAUUAAAGGAUUGUAAAUGU